AUGCGCUUCAGCACUGCUUGUGUCGUGUGUACUGCUGCCAUCAUUGGCCAGGCAUCCGCUCAGACCUUCCAGCGCCUUGGUGCUUGUCCUACCUUGGGUUGCAUCUUCCCUCCGGAUCAGAGCGAAUUCCUCCCUGGUCAAUGGUUCGAUAUCCGUCUCGAGACUCACGCUCCCCAGAACGGUAGUGAGGUCGUCCCCGGCUACCUGACUCCCGACGAAAAGUUCACCUUCACAAUCUCCAAAGAUGACACGCAAAAGGACUGCAAGAGCGCUACUUCAUACUUCAAGGUUGCCGAGCCCGCUAUUGAAAGAUGGAACUUCACUUGGUACGAAGAUCUUUUCGCCCAGGCUGCUAAGACACCUUCGAUGGUGAAGGUCGCUUCAAAAGCAUACAGACAGGUCGCUCUGUAUGAGCCUGGCAACUACAUUGCCACUCUCACCUAUGGCAACGGUAGCGUCACCCAGGCUAACUGGACUGUUCGCGACGACAAGAUCUCGCAAAAGGCCAAGAACCUCAUCAUGUUCAUCGGUGAUGGCAUGACUACCAACAUGAUCACCGCUGCUCGUCUGAUUGCCCACCAAAGCGUCAACGGCAAGUACCAAUCUCGUAUGGCCAUGGACAAGUUCNCCGUAUUGGGCCACCAGAUGACUCACUCCAUUGAUUCGUUCAUCACCGACUCUGCCAACUCGGCCACUGCUCUCUACACUGGCCAUAAGAGUACCGUCAAUGCUCUUGGCGUUUACGCCGACUCCUCUCCCAAUCCUCUCGAUGAUCCCAAGGUUCAAACCAUCGCCGAGCUGUUUCACGAAGUCCGUGGUGGCGGUGUUGGCAUCGUUUCUACUGCCUUCAUUGCCGAUGCUACUCCUGGAGCACUGACUGCUCACACUCGUAACCGUGGCCAGUACGGCAACGUUGUUGAUUCCUUCCUCAACGGCAUCACCAACUACACCUGGCCCUCAUGGAACGGACCAGAUGUUCUUUUCGGUGGUGGUGCUGAGCAGUUCAUUCCGAGCAGCAAGUCCUUCCAAGGUAAGGACUACUACAAGGAGUUCCAAAACAAGGGCUACAACCUCAUUCAGAAUAACACUGCUCUCAAGGCCGCCCCCAACACUGAGCGCACUCUUGGUAUCUUCUCGGUUUCUAACAUGGCAAAGUGGCUUGACAGAAACGUCUACAAGAACAACAUUCAGAUCCCCAAGACUGCUCCUGACGGCAGCAGCGGUGCCGCAACUGAUCAGCCCGGUCUUAAGGAGAUGACCCUCAAGGCCAUUGACAUCCUACACAAGCGCAAUCCCGACAAGGGCUUCUUCCUCAUGUCCGAAGCUGCGUCCAUCGACAAGCAGAUGCACGUCCUCGACUACGACCGUGCUCUUGGUGAACUUCUCGAACUCGACGACACCGUCAAGGCUACCCUCAAGCAUCUCGAGGAGAUCGGCGAACUCGACAACACCCUCGUGAUCGUCACAGCUGACCACGGUCACGGCUUCGAUGUCACCGGCGGCGUUGACACCAAGUACAUGGAUGCUCAAUCCAGCGACCGCAAGAAGCGCGAUGCAGUUGGCACUUACGAGCAAUCUGGUCUAUCUCAAUACAUGGUUGCCAACCGCUCUGCUCCCAUCGGCAGCGACCAGAACCUUGUCUACUCUGCCGGAGUCGAUUUCCCUGUCAACUGGGACCCUCGCUACACUCUGCAGUCUGGUCUUGCCACCUUCCCUGACCACCGCGAAAACUACCGCGUUCACAAGAACGGACCUAGAAUCCCUGCUCUCAACAUCACUGGCUUCUCGUCAAAUGACUACUACGUCAACUACAUUGAUGCCGUCACUGGCUUUGUCGUUAACGGCACGCUUCCUGUUUCUGCAGACCAGGGUGUGCACUCGCUUACUGAUGUCCCUGUCUUCGCUCAGGGACCUUGCCAGAGUGCUUUCGGAGGCGUCUACAACAAUGUUGAUAUCUUCUACAACAUCGCCUCUUGCUUGCGCCUCCAGAGGAACAAGGCUCCCAAGUAA